GGUACCAGUGAAUAUGCCUCUGUAUGAUAUUUUGAAUGAGUUUCAAAAGGGUCACAGCCAUAUGGCUGUUGUUGUAAGGUAUACUGGAGGAAAGGAGCAAGAACAGAAAAUGACCAAGGAUGGAAGUAACCAGGUUUUCAUGCAGACUACCCAUGCGCAUGAUAAUGGAAAGGAUGUGAACAUCAAUGUUGACAAAAGUCCAAUACAAACAGUCCAGGAGAAGUCCUUUUCGAAUAGAAGGUCACUUAAUAAGCUGAAAAGCUUUCCAGCUACACAUGCAAGUGAUUCAAAUAGAGGAAUGCCAAAAGCAAAGCGAUGGUCUCGUGUUGAAUCUGGAGAUAUUCUGGACAUUUCCAAUGAUUCAAUUCCAAAGCUUGCAGAGGAUGAAGAGAUUGUGGGUAUAAUAACAAUGGAAGAUCUUAUUGAAGAGCUCUUGCAGGAAGAGAUCUUUGAUGAGACUGAUCUUCGGGACUCUUUCCACUAAUAAGUAAAUGCUGCAUGUACUUGAUCUUUUGUAUGGAAACACAUAUCUUAAGUUUGAAUUGGUUUCUAUUUGAUCAAAGGCUUAAGUUGUAAACUUCAUUGUUAGUUUCCCACCUGUAACGUAUGAUUCCUCAAAAUUGUGUGCAUGCAGGAAGAGAUCUUUGAUGAGACUGAUAAGCAAAUGCUGCAUGAGCUUGCCCUUUUCUAGGGAAAUAAUUGUCUUAAAAUUUGCAUUGGAUCAAAGGCUAAAAUUCUAGUUUGUUUUUAGCUUCACUCCCAUUGUUGUAAGGCACAUGUAAUUGCCUAGUAUGAGUGAUUUGAAGUAGUCGUAUAGAACUUUUAAAACAGUAUAACAUAUUAUUACAUUUGCUGUAGCAUAUUAUCUCUUCCAGGGAAAAUAUUUUGUUUUGGUUGUAUUAUUAUUGUUUACAAGAUUUUCAGUGAAAGUGCUACAAGAUAUCGAACUUAUUCAGUCUUAAUCACCAUUCCUCUGAGCAGAAAGAAUGAUAAAAUGAUGCACACUCUUAUUCCCUUGA